UGCAACACUGCCAAAAUCAUUUGUUUACGUCGAGUAAUGAAAGAACUUUUUUCCUAAUAGGAAAUCGCGCAUCCAAGAAAAUAAACUUUUCCCAAUGGCUCCACAACCGGUCGUAACUGGGCUUUCACCAAAAGAGGGUCCACCAGGCACUCGUGUUAUAAUACGUGGAGAGUUCCUAGGUACAAGAGCCACCGACCUUAUAGGACUGAAAAUUUGCGGUUCUGAUUGCCUGCUAUCCGCGGAAUGGAAAUCACCCAAUAAAAUAAUAGCACGUACAGGACCUGCAAAGGGCAAAGGCGAUAUUAUUGUGACUACUAUUAGUGGUGGUGAAGGCACAUCGACAGUGCAAUUUCGUGCAUAUCAUGAAACUAUUGGCCCCUUGAAAGAGUCGGCAGUAUGGAUAGAGGAAUCUCCAUCACAAAAUUUUGCUUGGGGUCGACGCACUUUGGCGCAAUCAGUUUUGACGCAGGAAGAUCCACUCGGUUUAUCUAUUGAGGGUAAUGAGCAGAAAAUACCGGAAGAUUUGCGAGACUUGUUUCCCGAUGCAAGUGGUGAUUUAUCACAAGAUAAUUUUUCACCUGCAUGGUUUUUGCUUGAGAAUCACUUAGCCACUUCUUUUGAGGAUUUGAAGGCUGGCUUAGCCUAUUUGAAGCGAAAAGUAGAGAGUCAAAAGGAAGGACAAUUGUCAUUUUUGAAGUCUAAUGCAGGUUCUGUGAUUGAUCAGUUAGACACGCUGAUGAAUAUUCGAGAUAAGUUGCAAGAGGAUACGCGAAUAUAUGGUACAGAGCCCCUAAAUGUUCUUGAGAGUUCUAUAGAUAAUUCCAUUAGUGAAUCACAAAAUAUUUUCACUGAAGUAUUAUUACGCAAAGAGAAAGCUGACUCCACAAGAGCAGUUCUAUUUGCACUUUCGCGUCACAAAUUUCUAUUUUGUCUGCCAAAUUCAGUGGAACGACGCGCACAGGCUGGUGAAUAUGAUAUAGUAGUAAAUGAUUAUGCGCGUGCUAAGAACCUGUUUGGAAAAACCGAAAUACCGAUGUUUCGACGGGUGCUCGAGGAGGUGGAUCAGCGUAUUCUACAAAUUCGGAAGCAGCUGCACGAGAAAGUAGUUAAAAUGCCUCAAAGUGUAGAUCAGCAAAAGAAACUGAUAAAAGCGCUGACCAGUUUAGAGGUACAACAAAGCGGCACUACCAUUGGUGAUCGCCUGCGUAAUGCCGAUCCAGCUUGGGAUGCUAUUGAAGCACGUGCGAAAUAUUUAGAAUUCACUUUCAAGCAAGCGUUUGAACAGUAUGCAUCGAAGGAUCAAGCAGGGCAAGAAAAAUCCAAGAACCGCGAAAAUACCAAUCAACCGCAUAGUCGAGUACUCUUCUGUGAAGAGAUUUGUGAUAUUGCUGCAUCCCAAUUGCCAGAUUUGUGGCGGCUAGGCCAGUUAUAUUUCACGGGUGAACUGCGUGGUGCACACGAUCCCAAACCAGGAGAUUUCAAGCGCAUGGUUUUAAAUGCAAUCGAAAAAUUCUGUGCUUACUUGCGUGUCGCUGUACUCAUUGCUUCAGACUUGCGUGCGUUGCGUCAAACAACUGGCUUGGCCUGGCCAAUAGGCUCGUCAUCUGCUACCCACCAAUUUCUGCCUUGGAUAUCGCAGUGUUUGCGCUAUACGCGCAUCACAUACGCCACUCUUAUACGUUUAGAUUUACCGUCUGAGGCAUUGGAUAUCAUACAGAAGUUAAUUGAUGAAAUACGCAUUUUCUGUUUCUCAAUAACUUUCAAACGCGCUACUGAUCGCUGUAAGAAGCUAGGGGAACAAGAAUCUUGGGAUAUGGGAGUCGAAGACUUUCCAGGUGCAACAAUGUUGCCCAAUUGCUUAGAAAAACUAUUGAUAGAGACGCUGGAUGAGACGCAAAGCACAUGUAUGAACCCAGAAAUAAGAGAAGGAAAUUUACUGGAGCCACAAUCAGAUGGCCAACGGGAAGUGUCACAACGUUUACAAGAAUUUCUAGCAACAUUCUGCGGCGUUAUUGAAGAGCUAGCCUAUCAGUCACAUGACGAGGAAACACCAACACACAAUGUUUCGCAGCUUAUUGGCUAUCCAAAUGUGCAGCAAAGCGGUAUGAUGUCGGGACGAUUUUGGAGCUCAAGCGUUAUUACUUGGGAGCAACGCAUGCUUUGUUGCCUGGCCAACUGCGCCUAUUGCAACAAGAGCUUCUUUCCACACGUAGGCAAUGUUUUUGUUAAAUACGGUUACCCAUUGCCCACACUGGCAAUUGAAACUUCACGCUAUUCCGUAAACCAACUAUUCACAAAUCUUCUGGAGGCCUAUGUAGAACAUAAGGGUGAUCCGUUGGUUGGCACAAUAGAACCAUCAAUGUAUUUGGGUCGUUUUCAAUGGGACAACGAAAUGGAAAUCGGCAAACUGCGUCCAUAUGCGCACGAAUGCGCUGAUAAUUUAGUCGGUGUCUAUUCAGAGAUAUAUACCAUAUCACCAGCACUGCUGCGCCCAAUACUUGAACCGAUUGUGCUUACCGUUUCUGAGGAGUUGGCGCGCCUGAUGAGCUGUGUUCAAGAAUUUAGCUACACUGGCGCCAUACAAGCGAAUGUCGAUAUACGCUUGUUAAGAGAUGCCUUGAAAUUCUAUACAAAUGAGACCGGAAAAAAUUAUUUCCUUGAAGCCUUGGAGGCUAUAAAACCACCACUUAAUGCGGAGCAAUUAAAAAAAAGCGAUGAAAUUUUGGAGCGUGUAAAAGAAUGCAUGAAGUUGCAACUAAUGUGCUUUGCAGUCAAGGAUCCGUGAAUUUGAUUGUUACGGUGAAAUAUGCAAAAAAUAAUUCGUAAUUCAAAUAUGUAUUAAGCCUAGGUGUUAAAGAUACUCAUAUAUUUAUUCCAAUUUGAUUGCUACGAAAAUUUGAAAUACACUAUCCAAUAUACAGCCAUGGUCAUAUAAAUAGCA